UCAGUGAGGCGGGGCAGGCAGGCAGGCAGGCAGGCGGACUGGCUGUCUGGCAAGGCUGGCGAGCGAGCGAGGGAGCGAGCGGAGCGGAGCAGAGCCGCCCGCGCCUCUGCCCAGAAGCGCUCCAGCGGCGCCAAGGAGCAGGGCACGGGGCCGCCACUUCGGGGACCCAGAGCAGGAGACCCCCGGCCAGCCCACGGAGCAGCAUGCAUCUGGAGGAUGGCUGAGGCGGGCCGAGGAAGCGCUGCCACCACGACCCACGGCGGGCUGCCCCGAAGCGAGAGGAGAGGAAUGAUUGCUGCGUGGGGAGCCUGGUCUUGCUUUUUCCUGGUCGCCACUGUGCACAGCCUCCCGGCAGCCAGGAUUCCUAUUCCAGACCCCGAAGAAACGCCGACAAGAGCACCAUUAGAUUAUUUAAGGACCGAUACAACAUUCCUUGAAGAACUGGUGGUUGGCAGUGGCGAGAACAUCGAACUCCUGUGUAACUCUCCGGUCUCUUCUAUGUCUGUCUUCUGGUAUAAAGAUGGCAUUGGCAUUUCACCUACUAACCGAACUCAUCUUGUCCAGAAGUUGUUAAGGAUUAUCAAUGUAUCUUACGAUGACUCUGGCCUGUACAGCUGUAAGCCAAGGCACUCCACUGAAAUGCUCAGGAACUUCACAGUACGAGUGACAGAUUCUCCAUCGUCAGGUGAUGAUGAAGAGGAAGAUGAAGAUGAAGAUGACUCUGAAGACGGAGUUGCUCCUUACUGGACCCGUCUCGAGAUAAUGGAUCGGAAGCUUCUGGCUGUUCCUGCUGCAAACACUGUUCGCUUUCGCUGCCCGGCUGCUGGGAAUCCCUCACCUUCUAUACACUGGCUGAAAAAUGGCAAAGAAUUCAAAGGAGAGCACCGCAUUGGGGGCAUCAAAUUGCGACAUCAGCAGUGGAGCCUCGUCAUGGAAAGUGUGGUUCCAUCAGAUCGAGGCAACUACACCUGUGUGGUGCGGAAUAAAUAUGGCAUCAUUUGGCAUACCUACCAGCUUGAUGUUCUUGAAAGAUCACCCCACCGUCCUAUUCUCCAGGCAGGAUUGCCUGCUAACCAGACUGUGGUGAUUGGGAGUGAUGUUAAAUUCCUGUGCAAAGUGUACAGCGAUGCCCAGCCUCACAUCCAGUGGCUGAAACACGUGGAGGUCAAUGGAAGCAAAUAUGGACCAGAUGGGACUCCGUAUGUCACUGUCCUAAAGUCUCUGAUCAGUGCAAACGCUGAAGCCGAUGCUUACCUAAAUUUGUCUAAAGUGACAGAACAAGAUGAAGGCGAAUAUCUAUGUAGAGCCAACAAUUUCGUAGGCAGAGCCGAAAAAUCAUUUUGGCUCCACAUUGACAAAUCAAAACCAGCGGAAAAGCGAGUUGCCGUGGACGAUUCCAGUUCCCUUUAUGCAGGCAUCCUCAGCUAUGGGACUGGCUUUGUUCUUUUCAUCUUGGUGGCCGUGGUGGUGGUUAUCUAUAGAAUUAAAAGGCCCUCCAAAAAACCGAUUAACACCACUACUGUUCAGAAAGUCUCCAAGUUCCCACUCAAGAGACAGCAGGUAUCUUUGGAGUCCAACUCCUCCAUGAAUUCUAAUACUCCUCUAGUCAGGAUCACCCGCCUUUCCUCCAGUGAUGGACCAAUGCUGGCAAACGUCUCAGAGCUUGAACUGCCUGCUGACCCUAAAUGGGAACUGGCAAGAUCUCGCCUGACUCUAGGAAAGCCACUGGGCGAAGGCUGCUUUGGUCAAGUGGUAAUGGCAGAAGCAAUGGGGAUCGAUAAAGAGAAACCGAACAAUCCUAUCACUGUCGCUGUCAAGAUGCUGAAAGAUGACGCCACGGACAAAGAUCUAUCUGACUUAGUCUCAGAAAUGGAAAUGAUGAAGAUGAUUGGGAAGCACAAGAACAUCAUUAAUCUCUUGGGGGCCUGCACACAGGAUGGUCCUCUCUAUGUCCUGGUGGAAUAUGCAUCAAAGGGGAACUUGCGAGAGUACCUUAGAGCCCGCCGGCCACCUGGCAUGGAUUACUCUUUCGAUACCUGCAAGCUGCCUGAGGAACAGUUAACAUUUAAAGACUUAGUCUCCUGCGCCUACCAGGUGGCACGAGGGAUGGAGUACCUGGCAUCUCAGAAAUGUAUCCAUAGGGACUUGGCAGCUAGAAAUGUUUUGGUCACAGAAGACAAUGUGAUGAAGAUAGCUGACUUUGGCCUUGCUAGAGAUGUCCACAACAUUGAUUAUUACAAGAAGACAACCAAUGGUCGACUGCCUGUGAAAUGGAUGGCUCCAGAAGCAUUGUUUGACCGUGUGUAUACGCACCAGAGUGAUGUAUGGUCCUUCGGAGUGCUGCUAUGGGAGAUCUUCACUUUGGGAGGGUCCCCCUAUCCAGGAAUUCCAGUUGAGGAACUCUUCAAACUCCUAAAGGAAGGCCAUCGCAUGGACAAGCCAGCAAACUGCACCCAUGAUUUGUACAUGAUUAUGAGGGAGUGCUGGCAUGCUGUACCUUCCCAGCGGCCAACCUUUAAGCAGCUAGUUGAAGACCUGGAUAGAGUCCUGAUCGUGACCUCAACUGAUGAGUACAUUGACCUGUCGGUACCUUUUGAGCAAUAUUCGCCUGCGGACCAGGAUACCCAGAGUGCCUGCUCUUCAGGAGACGACUCUGUAUUUGCACACGACCUUCUCUCCGAUGAGCCCUGUCUUCCCAAACUGCAAGGAAACGGCAUCGUCAGGACAUGAUGGCAGACACCCGCAAGGAAGAGACUCGUGAAUGUACGUUUUGGGGGAAGGCCCGG